AUGGCCGGCGGCAAGCGCCGGAAGGCGCCCGCGCGGGCGAAAAGUGUCCCAGCCCCGGCGAAGCGGCCCACGCGGCGCCGGAAGGCCGAUGCGGGCGAGGCCGUGGACGUGGCGCCCAAGGUUGAGCUGGUGGACCUGCCCACCGACGUCAUCCACCGCAUCUUCGCGUGUCUGCGGCCCACGGACGACGAGACCCAGCGGCGCGUGAGGUUGUGCAACAGCGUGGUGCACCCGCUCCACGACGGGUACGAGAGCGCGGACGGCAUCGUCUACCAGCGAGCGCUGCUGGCGCUGCGGAGCGCAUCGAGGAGGACGAAAGAGCUCGUGGACCAGUACGUCGACACCGUCGCCAUCGACGGCUCGUUCUCCGCGCGGCGGUGGUGCCACCGCUUGAGGUCGCACCACCGCGUCAACUCCGUGGGCGUGCCGUUCGGCGCGGCGAGCUUGUUCCGCGUCUUCCGCACGAACCUGCCCCAGUUAAAGCACCUCCACAUGUUCGACGUCGAGCCCUCAGCCGCCAGCACCUUCGCGACGUGGCUCGAGACCGUCGCCACGGUCCUGUCAACCGACGGCGUCCAGCCUUCGCCCUCUAUGUGCCUCCUCUCCCAGCAGCUUGGGAACAUCACGGACCUGCGCGUCUCCAUCUGGCAGCCCCUCAACUCCACCGUCGAGCACUUCCUGGCGUCAGUGCGCUUUCUGCCCAGCCUGCGCCACCUCUCGCUCCGCGUCGGACAGGGAAACGUCCCGGAGAGCAAACACCUCCCCAGCAAGCUCGAGCAGCUGCCAGAGCUCCCCGCGCUCCAGUCGCUGCACCUCGCGGGCAUCGAGCUCGCUCCGCGCGCCGUGAAGGACCUCGUCAGCAGCGCGUCCGCGGCCCAGCUCGAAUCCCUGCACGUCGCCGUCUCCCACACGACGACGUGGAACGCGUUCGACGAGCACGAGCAGGUCUUCGAGUUCCAGGCAGCGGGAGCCGGGAGCGCGCUGCGGGAGCUGCACAUCCUCCAGGCGGGCCUGCGGACGUGCGCGCAAAACCACGUGCACGUAGAGAUGCUGGAGUGCUGUCCGAACAUCUCCCGGAUCUGGCCGGGCGCGUGCAAGGGCCUGAGGGAGGUGCAGAUCCACCACCGCUUCGUCGACGACGGGGCGCUCGAGGCUCUGACGGCGCUGGCGCCGACGCUCGAGUCGCUGGUGGUGCGCGACUGGCUGGUGCUGGGGUCGGACGCCGCGGAGAUCAUCAGCGCGGAGGACCUCGGGGAGUCGCUCGAGGGGUCGCGCACGUGGGGCGUGGCCCAGGCCACGAAGCUGGCCACCCUGACGAAGCUCACGCGGCUCGAGCUGUCAAUCUGCGCGUGCGGGGCGUCCGGGAGCUCGUACUUCCAUUCGGACGCGGACGGGCAGAUGGACGCCACGGAGGCGCUGGUGAUCCUCGCGACGGGCCUGCGCGCGCUGGAGACGUUCCGCUUCGAAGACGUGCGCCGGGGCAGCAUCUUCCGAGACGACGCGCUGGCGGCGUUCGGGGAGCUUCCGCGCCUCAAGACGCUCAUCCUGGGGCACAGCUGCAACGCCCCGCACUACGACACCACGCGCGUCAAGCGCUGCUUCCUCACCGCGGACGGCUUCAAGGCCCUCGCGGCAGGCCGCCCCCCGCUGCAGCACCUCGAGGUGGUCAACAUGCGGUACAUGCCGCUGGACGGGCCGCACGCCGCCGCGGCCCUCAAGGCGCUCGACGGGCUCAAGAGCACUCUGCGGCAGCUCCGGCUCCCGCGGGCGUGGCUCGAGGAGCCGCUCCCGGAGGCUGCGCGCGGGCUGGGCCGCCGUCGCAGUGCGGGCGGCGUGAAGACCCUGGCCAACACGCACCUGAGUCAGGCGCUGCGGAGGUCCGUGGACCUGGUGGCCAGCCGCGCGCCCGACGGCCUCGAGCGCAAGCGUUUCGGGAACUACGCGUGGGACCUGGGGCCCAAUCCUCAGCGCGACCUGGGUCGGACGAAUCUCAUGGAUUGUGGUUCCGACCGCGGCAAGCAGACGCCUCUGGACCCGAACGACUACGACGACGCGGACGGGGACUGCGAGAGCCUCACGGCGCUCGCGGACGGGUCAAGUCUCGACUCGCCCCUGACAGGCUCGGACGACGAGUACUACUCGGACGACGAGACGGGCUACACAGGGGACGCGGACUACGCCGCGCUGAUGGGGACGAUGGCGGACACCUUCUGGAACGCGAUCCACCCGCCGACGAACGGGCCGGGCGGGUACUGA